UAGUAAACACUAACGCCUUCUUGCAUAGUAUAAGUGGGCGGUACGUGUUAAAUACACAUCUCUAGCCUGGUCGGAGUAGUGUCUUAUAAUCAGCAAAGUGGCGCGUCACGGGCACGGACAAGAAGCAGCGUCUCGCUCCAUGUUUUCCCGACGCUUGCGACGACGUGCACGAGAUUCAACUCUCCGUCACCAUAGUACGAGCAUACGUAAAGUGGAUAGAAUUUCAAAUCUCAACGUUAAAAUAUUGACAUAUACAUUUUUGAUAAAAGUGGGGAGCAGUGUGGGGUUAUUUCAAUUAAGACCAAAAACCCAUCCUCAUUACCAGCAGACACUAAAGCAGCAUCAGCACAUCAUUUGGUUAGCCAAUUAAGGAUUUAAGCAUGUAGUCUGAUUCUAAAUAAAAUACACACUUACUUACAUACAUAUAAUAUAAAAGUGCAAACCAGAAUACAUUCAAAGAUAUACCUAAUAGGGCUUAUCCAAUCGCAAUUAAAAAGAUAGCAAACUACGUUAGUGCAUAAAGCAAUCAAAAACAAAAAACUCAAACAUAAACUGCACUAUUUACAAAAAGCCACUUAACCAAAUAGCAAACCACUUAAAAAUCUAAUGUUGUGCUUAAAUGCGGCAAAAAGGCGCAAGUGAAAAGUGACAACAUUAAACAGAAGAAUUUAUCUCCUAUCAUACGUAAAACGUAAGGUAAUUUCAUCUUUCUUGAGUUCAAUUGAGCGAAUAGAAAUUAACUGUUACCAAUGAAAGAUGUCACAAAGAGGUAAACGCGGUAAUCAUCAACAUCAUCAACGACUCGACGUUGAACCACAGCCUCCGCCGACAAAACGGCGUAAAGGGCGGCCACCUAAUGGCGGAGGUGGAAGCAAUGGUAGCGGUAGUGGCAGUGGUGGCGCUGCAGUUGGAAGUGGGCUUAAUGGCAACAAUGGCGGUGCAAAUGUUGGCAGCCACUGCGGAAGCAUAGUGGGUAGCGUACCAUUAAGCCUGCCUUAUACUGCUUCUUCCUCUAUAAGCAAUAGUAAUGCCGAAAAUGAGCAAAAUAGUGUGGUAGCUUUGGUACCCGAAGAAAUGGCAGCAUUAGCUGCCACAAGUGCGAAAGUAGCAGCCAGCCAAGGAUCUUCCUCUUCGGCGGCAGCAUGGCAACCGCGGUCAGUAGCAGAUAUUAAGAUUUCAAGUAUUUACAAUCGAAGCUCAACGGAGGCACCGGCCGAACUGUAUCGCAAGGAUCUCAUAAGCGCAAUGAAAUUGCCGGAUUCGGAGCCUUUGGCUAAUUACGAGUAUCUCGUAGUAAAUGAUCAGUGGAAGCAAGAGUGGGAGAAGGGCGUGCAGGUGCCUGUAAAUCCCGACUCUUUGCCAGAACCAACCGUUUACGUGCUGUCAGAACCAAUAGUGCCGCCUGCGCAUGACUUUAAACUUCCCAAGAAUCGCUUUCUGCGUAUAACCAAAGACGAUACUUACUCCAGCGAGUUACAUUGUCUGACAAAUGUGGUUGCGCAAGCGGAGAAUACAUGUGCCUACGACAUUGAUCCAGUCGAUGAAGCAUGGCUGGAAUUACUCAACUCUGAUCGUGCGCAAUACGGUGCUUUUUCCAUUACUGAAACCCAAUUUGAGCGCGUUAUCGAAGAACUCGAGAUACGGUGUUGGGAACAAAUACAGGUAAUCCUGAAAAAUGAGGAGGGUCUUGGCAUCGAAUAUGAUGAGAAUGUCAUAUGCGAUGUGUGCCGGUCCCCCGACUCUGAGGAAGCCAACGAAAUGGUAUUCUGUGAUAAUUGCAAUAUUUGCGUACAUCAGGCAUGCUAUGGUAUUACAGCGAUUCCAUCAGGUCAGUGGCUUUGUCGGACGUGUUCUAUGGGUAUUAAACCGGAUUGUGUACUCUGCCCGAAUAAAGGCGGGGCCAUGAAAUCAACCAAAUCAGGCAAACAUUGGGCACAUGUCUCUUGUGCACUCUGGAUACCAGAAGUAAGCAUUGGUUGUGUAGAUCGCAUGGAACCAAUUACCAAGAUUUCCAGCAUUCCAUCGAGUCGAUGGGGCCUUGUAUGCAUUCUGUGUCGGGCUCGAGUCGGCGCAUGUAUACAGUGUUCCGUGAAAACCUGUAAAACCGCUUAUCACGUAACUUGCGCAUUUCAACAUGGCCUUGAGAUGCGAGCAAUUAUUGAGGAGGGCAACGCAGAGGAUGGUGUUAAGCUGCGUUCCUAUUGUCAAAAGCACAGUGUUAGUAAGGGUAAAAAAGAUGGUAGCGGAGCACAUAGCAGUAGCACAAAUAAACAUAAUAGUACACAUGGAGCAGCUAAUGAUGAAGACGAUUGCCGGCGACGAAAAAGUCGAAAAUCAGAUAUGACUUCGGAGGAGCGUAAUCAAGCGCGAGCUCAACGCUUACAGGAAGUUGAGGCGGAAUUCGAUAAACACGUGAACAUUAAGGACAUCAGUUGCCAUUUGUUCGAUGUCGAUGAUGAUGCCAUCGAAUCCAUUUACAAUUACUGGAAGUUGAAACGCAAAUCUCGUCAUAACCGCGCUUUGAUUCCACCCAAGUCGGAGGACGUCGAGAUGAUAGCACGAAAGCAAGAACAACAAGAUCUGGAGAACCACAAAUUGGUGGUGCACUUACGGCAAGACUUGGAGCGUGUAAGAAAUCUUUGCUAUAUGGUUAGUAGACGCGAAAAGCUUUCCAGAUCACUUUUUAAGCUGCGCGAACAGGUAUUUUAUAAGCAAAUUUCAGUGCUUAGCGAUGAAAAUUUGCGGGAGGGUAGUGGUAGUGGUAGUGGUGUUUCGAAUGUGCCCCGUACGGCGCUAGAUGUUAACGUUGAUGAUAGCUUCAAAAAUGCUGUUAUUUAUGCUAAUGAUGGCCCAACGCUGUACGAUAGGUUUUAUUCAUCGAAUAGCAAUGAAAGUAUUCCAGCACAAUAUCAAAAUAUUAACUUUAUUUUAGAGAAGCUUUUAGGUAGCGUGAAGGGAAGUAGGGGAGCAGGGAGGGGUGCUGGUGCGCGCACAUCCACAUCACCGACAAAACGAAAAACUACACAAUCUUCUGCCUCAGCUGCAGCGACAAGCAAUGCAACCGCGAGUGCAAACUCAACCACUGCACCUGCAUCGAUUGCGGGUGCGGGUGCGGCAAGUAGUAGUAGUAAUAGUAAUAAGCUCUCGCCAAAUAAGAAAGUAAACAAUGGUGCAAUAGCAAUUACGCAAACGACUAGUUCGGUAGCGCCGACUGCGGUAACAGUAGCGAGUAAUGAAAAGCAGGUAAAUUCUAGUCGUCGCAGUUCAAUCGGCGCCGCUGGCAGUUCGGCAGCUGCAAGUGUAUCCGGAUUGACUACAGCUGUGCCGGAGAAAAAUCGUGCUUCAGUUUCCAAAGCAAGUACAUCCGGUCAUUCGGCGACGAAUAUCAAAUCGUCGGCAGCGGAAUCGCGUUCUCGCAGUACCAAAAGUAGCAAUGUUAGUGAGAGAAAAAGCACAACUAAAGCAUCAGCAAAAUACUCCGAUGCCAGUUGCCAGUCGUCUAAUAACAAUUCGUCAGGGAGUUCGUCCUCCGGUGAUGAUGACUCGUCAUCGGAGGAAGAAGGAACGUCAACCGAUUCGGGCAGUACUGGCUCCGAUGAUGAAUCAGACUCUGGCUCAAGCUCAUCUGCAUCAACAUCCAGUGCAGGAAGCGGCGCACAAUCCGUCAGAGCAAAGGCAGCAGCCGCUUCACGUAAAGUCUCACCAGCCAAAUCAGUCACCGCAUCAACUGGGACUGCGACAGCUGCGCAUCAGAAUCAAAAGAAGCAAACUUAUGCGCGAUCUGUGGAACUGCGACAGAAACAGAGAAGAAAAAGUGGCAGCAACAGCACCGCUGUCACCGGAGCGGGACGAGGAGAUGCUACCGCAACAACUGUGUUGUCCAGCUCCAGUGAUGACGAACAGGAUAUCCGAUCAGUACCUGCCAAACACCAACAACAGCAACAGCAAUCUAAGUCAACAAAACAAAACAAUAUUAGUCCGAAGAAAUCUACUACCCUCAGCACAACAACUACAGCAGCAGAAUCAGCAAUGCCAGCACCAGGGGCACAAACAGCAGCAACAACAGGAUCAACAACAACAACAGGAAAUCGUGGACGAGACUUCCUUUCACAGAUGGCCAAACAAUUGCAACAGGAGAAGGGCUCUGAGAGUACAUCGAGCGAUGAAAGUGAGGAGCUGUUGCCACUAAAGGGUGCUGAUAGAAACUCCAAUCUAGCAAGUGGUGCAGCAACUGUGUCAACAGCAGCCCAAUCAUCGACUUUGACAGGACGCACAACAAAGGCGGUGCAGCAAAUAUACUCAGAUUCUGAAAGUCUUUCCGGCGGCGAAGCCGAUAAAGAUGAACGAGCUGUAGAAAGUAAUGUAAGCGACUCACAAAAUCAACAAACAAUACGCACGAAGGCGGCACUUAAAGAAUUUACUCUGCAACAACAACAACAGUCUUCAACAGGCUUGAGCAGCCGCGGUAAGAAGGAGCCACCGUCUAAGUCUGCAAGCGCACAUCGCACACUAGAGCGGAAAUCGGAACAAAAAGUGGUGUCAAGCGGACACAGUAAGGCAGCAGCCGAGGUACCGAGUAGAGGAAAGAAGGCAAGUGCGGCGGCUAUUGAGCGACAGAAUAAGCUAACGGCAGAUUUGUUGGUCGUGCCUCAGCGGCAGGCAGCCAAGAAGGCAUCCGAAAAUAUGCGUUCGACUGGCAUUUACACUACUGCCGCCGGAGCAGUGCCCGGUAUGGCCAAUACAUUAUCUUCGGAAAUAACAGAAAAGCCCAAAGAUCAGCGCUCAGAUAAAGAAUUGGAGAGGUCAAGGGGAAAGGAGACUGGCAUGAAGAAUGAAGAUAAGUCGGAAAAACUGCGUACAAAAGAAAAAUCUCUUACUGGUGCUGGGCUAAAGCCUCCUGAAUCCGAAGUAAAAGAAAAGGAGAAAGAUAAAGAAAAAGAAAAGGAGAAAGAGAAGGAAAGAAAUAAAGAAAAGGAGAAAGAUAAAGAGAGGGAGCGCGGAACUGGAACUGGAAAACGUGGCCGUCCUCCUAAGGCGCGUGACCCUGAAACCAUUUCUAGAUCCAUAUCAGGGCAAAAAGACGGCGAGCAAAUUUCCAAAAUCAAUUUCAGCUCGCCAAACCGCGCACGAAAGGAUGACAAGAAUGUAUGCCGUACUGUGGAACAGCUUAGUGCAAAGUCCCUAUCCACAAGUUCAGACAGAAGCACGCGCCUUUCUACGGAUCAUACGACGGUUGAUACCGUCAAGUCCAGUGUGUCAACACCGCCCAAACAAAAUGACAUAAGAGCGAAUAACAUUCUAGUGGCAUACGUGCCUCAGAGGCAGGCCGCUAAAAAAGCAGCUGAACAACUUAAGAGUAGUGGCAAACCUCCUGCUGCAAGUGAGGCAAUAACCGAUGAUAAGGAACGUUCGGAACGCAGUGAAAAGGAAAGCAAGUUAAGGACACCAGACGGUCGUAGUACGCGCUUGCCACCCAUGCGACGUAUGUCAAUGCGGGAGAGUACUACUAGCACUGCAAAAGAAACUAUAACACCUGUGUCCAAGACACCCACAAGCAGCAGACGUCGCUCUAAAGACACCUCUGUUGAAACAAUACAGCAACAGCAAACGCCGACAAAGAAAACAGUAGUGACAGCAGAGUUGUCUGAUUCAUCUAGUUCUGGCACAGACGGCAGCACCAGCUCAUCAUCUUCAGGCGGUAGUAGUGACAGCGGCAGUAGUAGUGAUUCCAGUGAUGCCGAGAGCGAGGUUGCUGAGGAGGAAGAGCGUCUUACACGUGCAACAGCGGCCAAUAAACGCUCCCCGCGUAAGUCGAUUGAUAAGCCACCGGUUGUGACGCGACAGAACUCCUCCACAAUUAACACCGCUCAAGGUGCAACCUCCGCAACCAAGUCGCCUAAGAGCACUCCUCAAAAGCCAUUGCGACGUAAUAUCAGUAACACUAGUAGCAGCAGUGGUAACUUAGUCACGCCUGAUGAGCCCGUAUCAGAUAACAAACAACAGAAAUUGACCAAGCGUAAAUUGUCCUUGGAUGACAAGGUAAAGAAGUCAGCGACAGUCAAGCAAACUUUAGCUGAUGCAGCUAUUGUUGUAGACGAUGAUGAGGAAGUACCAGCUCCAACACAAACACAAACACAGCCUAAUUCGAUGCGUACCCGGGCAAUGCGUCGCUCGAAGUCAGGGCCAUCCUCACCGCCGCAUUUAGCACAAUCAACUGCAGACACAGAUAAGAAAUUGGAGCAAAAGAUCCAACCGAAAUCUCCGAAGCCCGCACCCCUUGCGCAGUCUGUGUCUUCAACUUCGGAUCGCAUGUCUGAGAGCGAUAGUGAAAAGAAUAAAACUGUAUUAACCUUAACCGAAGAAAUAACACAGCGUAAGGUUUCCAACAGUAACUCUAAUAGCUCAAACUCCACGAUCCAGCAGGGAAAUACUAAAAAUCAAAACAAAAAUCAAGGCUCCUUGGACAAACUCUUGAAUAAAUUGGAACAAGAGGCGAGCAGAAGUUCGCUGAUCAAUGUGGUCGAUCCUGUUGCAACUACUCUACCGGUGUCUCUAUUACCAACUAACAUUAUUGGUGAGAAAGUGGGUGUCAAAGAAAGAUCGCCUACUCCCAUUUUGCCAGCCGUCGAAGUUGUGGCCGUCAGACCACCUGAGCAUCCAAAAAUUAUUAUUGACACGAAAAACGAAAGCGGUGAAGUACCAAUGGAUAUUGAUGAAGAGCUAACAACGGCUCCUACCCAUACCACUUUGCCGUCAAGUAAGAUUUGUGACUUGGAGGAUAUAGAUGAACGACCACCGGCAGCGCCCAUGCCAGCUUCGCCUCCAUCACCAGUAUCUUCGGUGUCGGACGAUGAGCUUUCUAAUGAGUCAGAUGAACAAAGCCCCUCCCAAGGUGGACGCAGAAGGCGACGACUACAUCGAAGGCAUCGCCGAACGCGACCUGGAAGUCCACCACUGUCACCCGAAGAGGAACACACACAUCACACGCAGCACCUACUCAACGAGAUGGAGUUGCUGCGAGAACUUGAAGAGGAACGCAAAAUUGCAGCAAACGCUAGCAAAUACUCAGCGUCUUCUUCAUCACCUGCUGUGGCAGUUAUAGCACCUGAACCGCCGGAGAUUAUCGAAUUGGAUUCAAAUUCAAACUCAACAGGUAGCGACCGACUCAAACAACAGCAGCAGCAACAGCAAGCUUCACUACAACCCACAACUCAGCAAACGCAACCACAGUCACAGGAGCAGCAACACCAAAUUGACUUAGCUACACAAAUUGCACACACUUCAUCGGUACCACAAACGCCUGCCUCACCAUCGUCUUCGCCGGCGCUUGUGGUAGACAUAUCUGGUGGAACGCCGCUACAAAAAGCAAAUCACGAAAGUGGUUGCAUUAGCGUACCCCCAACUCCGCUUAACAUUUCAUUGCACGAAUCUCAAAACAAUAUGGACGAAAAUUCGCAGGGCGCUAUGAACAUAACUGAUUUGAAUAGCAGUAAUAGCCGACAUCAACCCAUUGUGGACACAAUACUCGACAUGGAGGAUAAUGUAAACCAAAAGCAACGGCAGCAACAACAGAAUGCCUUCGCUAAUGCUUUGCUCAGUGCUGCAUCUUCAUUCUCGGCGACUGUGAAUGCUGAUUCGGUACUGGAUGAGCCGGCGGAUGGUCUGAGUCUUUUGAGUGCGACAACCAAAGAACUAACCGAGGAAGAUAGUUUCCUGGCAACGCGUACUUUGGUUGAAAAACUGCGCAAGAAACGCAUACGCGCCGAUGAGCCAAAAGAACCGGAUUUGCUAAAGCCUCCUCCAACGCCAGCCAUACCAUCAGUAUUUCCAUUCCAUAAUGCAGCUGAUCCAGAAGACAUUAUUCACGUGCAGAAAGAAAAUGCCGCAGCAGCAGCAGCAGCAGCGGCGGCGGCCGCAGCUGAAGCCAGCAAUUGCCUCUUUGUUAGUCAAGGUAGUAAAGGUAGCGGCGGAACGUUGCUACCUCAUGAACAGCAAACUAUUGGCGAAAUAAAAGAUGGCGGCACUCUAGGUGUUCCGGCUGUGACGGUAACGCCAACAUCUAAUGCAUUCAGCCGAACGUCGCAUACGGCAGUUACAACGCCUAAUACCCCGCCCAACUCUAAUACUACUAUGGGUGCAAUAAAUGCUUCCUCAAACAGCAAUAUGGUAAAUAGUAGCAACAGCAAUAACAACAUCGGUGCGUUGACAUACACUGAGCCAGUGCUAGGCUUCAUGGAGAAAAAUGUUGCGGCUGACAUCUGCAACGUGCCGAUAUCGCCACUGCAACAGCAGCAGCAACAACAAGGAGCGAACUACGUACAGGCACAAACAAGUCAAACACAGCCACAGCCACAGCCUCCGGAUGUUGCUGAAAUUACAUCGUUCCUAGAAAAGGAACUAUCCAAAAAGUCAAAUAGCAAAGGCAGUGGUGUUAGCAGUUUCAAUAAGUUGCCGAACACUGGAGGAGGAAGUGUUAAUGCGGUGCCUGGAACGCCUGAUUUUGUAGACUUAGCGGCCAAAGAUAAUAUUGACUUUACUAGGACAACUAGGCGCGUUGGGGGCAACAAUAACAAAUUAGCGGUCGAUUGCGACUAUGAUGAGAACACCCGAAUGCAGUCGCCAUACGGGCUACCCGCCACCCGCCUUUGGAAUGAGAAUGAAAUGAUUGCAGCAAGACGCUCCUCGUCGCCAAGCUCAGUGUCGGAAUCGAAUGAUCAGGCAAGUGCAAUGGAAAUGCAACAACAGCAGCAACAGCAGCACCUACAACAAGUGGGACAUUCCAUGCAACAACAGCAGCAGCAACAACAACCGCAAACGUCUCUUCUUCAGUCAAAGGAUUUGGUCAACAAUGCAAUUGGUGCACAAGCAACGGGAAUGCAACAACAAACGGCCGCACAAAAUUGCAACAAAGGUUACUUUAAUAGGGUCGACUCAUACGACAUGCCGUUUACACAUAGUCAACAGCCGCAGCAGACGCAGCAGCAAUCGCCGCUGGUUAACGGCAUUGAUUCACUUAUAAGCUAUAAUCAGGGCUAUAAUCAACAGCAGACAACGCCCACACAUACCACUUCACAACAACAACAGCAGCAGCAGCAACAACAAACAACGCCAAAUCAAGGUAAUAACCAAUAUAACGGCGGCUCUGUAAGCCUUUUCCACAAUACUCCAGCCACCAUGCCGGUCAUGAACCAAAUGCCUUUUGUCCCCAAUUCUGGCGUGGGCACGAUGUAUCCCACAUCAACUAGUUUGAGCGCUAAUGUACCCAUGUCUACAGCUUCUGUACAACAACAACAGCAGCCGUCAAGUGAUGUGGGACUGUAUGGGGUGCGCACCAGCGAUCCUAAUUCGGUGGGUGCCAACACCGCUAUCGCCGGCACAACGCCGCAAACACAGUAUGGAGGUGCUGCUUUUACAUCUUCCACACACAAUCUGGCUUUGACGGCGUCCAUUGUUGGCACACCAGGCGGUACAUCAUUGCUAGACCAUCAUUCGCCGCAUCAACAUCAGCAUGCCAUGCACGCGCAACAGUCGGCUGUGCCGCAGCAGCAGCAGCAGCAAACGCAAGCUGCGCAAUACGGCAUGAGUGUGCCAUCCGAUAAUGGUGCAGCGGCGGCUGGCUUAUACAGCCAAAUGAUAAUGCCCGUGCCGGCCGCGAGUCAGCAGCAGCCACAGCUCCAGGGACAAACGUCCCAAAAUACAUCACCCACAAAAGAAUCGCCUUCGAAGCGUUCAUCGACGCGUUACAAUCAGCAGCAACAACAAACUCCUCGCAACUCACACAAGUCGCCUCAGGUGCAGCACAAAUCACCUGGCAAAUCUCCGCGUCAAAUGGAGCUGCUGAGUAAACAGCUACAAUUACAGCAGCAACAACAACAGCCGCAACAACAGCAACAAGCACUUACCGAAUUCACAAACAUUCCGCAGAAACCUCCCCCGCCACCACCUAAAUAUGAUCCCAUGACGCAUACGUUGGCGGGCAAGCCGCGUCAACGUGCGCCACGCGGUACCGGCGUUGGUUCACGUGGCCGUGGUCGUGGUCGAGGUCGAGGACGUGGCAGCAGCGCUGCUAAUGCUGUCAUACCUUUGCCCCCGCAGAUGCAGCAUGACGGCAAUGCUCACUACGUCAACAAUUUGGUAGGCACGCCGUUCGAGUUCAACUACGAUGAGGAUCUUACCGCACCGGGCGUCGAAAAUUUGCAAUCGCUGCGCGAUCGUCGACGCUCCUUUGAUGCCCGUUGCAAUCAGCAAGCGACCAUGUCGCAUCCUCAUCAACAGGCGUCAUCCGACACACAAAAAUAUACCAGCCCAUCUGCAUAUGGCAGUUGCAAGGUGCGCGGUGCUGGCGCCGGCGUAACGAACUCUGCUACAGCGAGCGGCUUGGUGAACUGCAAUAAUAGCGGCAGCGGCGGUCGCAAUACAUCACAUUUAGCAGAGGCGCUUAAAUCGAACACCAACACCAGUUGCGACCACUCCAAUACUCAGCAAUCUCUAUUACAUUCCAUUGUGCAGCCGGUGUUGCCGGGUCCGGUGGAUAUGCGAACGUACAAUGUGUACGAGGCAUCGGCAUCGCAAGAGACCUACAAUAACAAUUUACUCAGCGAUUUCGAUUCCGGCGCAGCUGAGCAAACACUACCUGAAUUCGAUGAAGAGGAUGAAAAGGAGUUCCAGUCCGCUCUACGUGCAACUGGAUCAACGAUUUCCACAAAGCAAUUAACGCCGAGUGGCAAUACGUCGGCUCCGCCAAGUAGUGCAAAUGUGUCAGCGACAAGCUUAAUAGGAAAUUCGAGCGCCACGGCAACGCUGAGCGAAGUAACAGCUAGUGGUCUAUCGAAUGCCUGCUCAACGUCCGUUAUAUCUGACCUGGUAAUGCCGGCUGACUUGCAGACCUCGAUGGAGACUACAUCUGAGGAGGUAUCAAUCGACUCGGAUACAACACUUGCAACUAAAGCUUCACUUUCCGACUCUCGCAAUCAGCUCAAGUUGAAGAUCAAGGGACCACUUGCUUGCCGAGACAACAGCUACAACUACAUCGCAUCAAGCACAUCGAUGAGUGUAAACACUACCAACGUAACGCAGGCGGCUGUCGGAAUUGUGCAAACGGCUGUGUCAAUGCAUGGUCAGAUUUCCGCAAAUGUAGUUGGCGGCGCAUCAGUUGGUGGCGGUGGCAAUAGCAGUAGUGGCGGCAUGAAUUCCCGACGCAUGCGCAAAAAAGAGUUGCUCAGCCUCUAUGUUGUACAAAAGGACACGCAUAUGGAUGAUUCCUCUGGAGGACUACCACCUACCGAGGUGGGAUUGACAAAUACUGUGGAGAGUUUACGAAAAGGCGAUGCGCUGGGCGGCACACUAGAGGAAUACGGCAGCGAGUUGGGCCUGGGAGGAAGCUCGAAACGUUCAAAGAAAAAUUCCAGCCGUGAACUACGCUCAAUGGACGCCUCUAGUGAUCUCACCGAUAUUGGCACAGGCUUGGGUAAUGACGGGCGUCGACGUAGCGCUUGUUCGUCGGGCAGCACGGAUGAGCGUGGUGCCAAAACGGGUGCAGCAUCGAGUGCAGGCAAGCGACGUGGACGUAGCAAAACUGUUGAGGGCUCUGAGGAUGAGCCUACCCCGAAAUUGAAGAUCAAAAUACGAGGACUGGCUGAUGGCAGCGUCAGUGCAACAACGAUAAGUGGAAAUUCCACAUUCGAUAAUAGCUAUCAAUACGAUAUGUCACGCCGCAUGGUAGCCUGUCCGCCUAAAAAGCGGUUGACUUCAAAUUACACGCCACACACGUUCGAGGACUACCGCCGCGAAUCGAUGAACUAUCGCAAAAUAAUUAUGCAAGAUUUCGGAGAGGAUGAUGAAGAACGCACACGACGCGGUGGUGGUGGUAGCGUGCUAGAUACUUCGGUAGUGCCACCAACAAAGAAACCAAAGUCUUCCAAACCGAAGAAAGACAAGAAGGAAAAACGACGCAAUAAGGAGAAGCUAAUGUCUCCGGCAACAGCAACUGUUGUUGAAAAUAUGGCGAGUGCGUCACCUGGCGAAGCGCCUAAGCUUAUUAUACGCUUCGGCAAGAGAAAAUCUGAUGUACCGGAGGUGACAGAGCGACCCGCCUCCGAGGAAACAACAGCAACACCACCAAUAACCACCGCACCCAUACGUUUAAAGUUGGCGCGAGCCUCUGAUGGUGACGGUUAUGUUAUUGGCAGUAAAAAGAAAAAGGAGAAGCGUACGCCGACAUCCACUUCUACACCAACAACAACACCCGCUUCAACGCCCAGUGGAAACACGAACAUUACACCAUUGGCUACAGCAACCUUUUCGUCAGCACACACUACGCCUACGACUAAAGCUGUUAGUGAGCUAACCGGUGACGACUCCGCCAAUUACAAUUGCGAACGAACGACACCGAGCGUUGUCGCCAUGCUAAAUAGUUUUGGCACCGCCACUAAUGUUGGUGGUGACACGAGUAAUCGCGAUGAAACCGAUCCGCUUGCGUCGACGCCGAAAGAGGCCAGCACACCAUCGCCACGUCUGGUGAUCGACACUUGCAAGGGAGUCGAUGUACACGAUUCUAAUACUGCAAGCUCACUGGUCGAGCCUUUGUCGGUGAGUACAGGCAUCGGCGGCGAAGCUGGCAAUUUGGGUAGUGCCUUUGCGCCAAUAGCGCCACUAACGGUUAAUUGUAAUGAGCACAGCAGUGGCAACAGUAACAGCCACAGCCACAGCCAUAGCCAUAGUGCUAGCAGCAGUAGUAGUGGUGCCAGCGCCAGCGGUAGUAGCAUAAGUGGUGGCAGCUUAAAUAGUGCGCACAAUACGGCAAACAACAGUAACAGCAACAACAACAACAAUAGUAGCAGUAAUAGUCACAAUAAUAAUACUAAUAAUAACAACAAUAACAGCAACAGUGGUUUACUUCCAUUAAACAAAGACUGUGAAGUCAGAUGAUAAUCACGAAAUUGGUCUCCGCUUAGCCGUUCGCGGCUGCAGUGGGCGCCAAAAUGAUAAGUACAUAUGUAAUUAGAUAGUAUGUAGUAUGUAGAUGAACGGAGUGGGGGCGCAUGUGCAAAGGAUCGAGCGAGAUUAUUUGAAGACGAUGGGCAGAAAAAUCAUUAGUAGUCUAUGGAAUCGUACAGAUUUAGCGUUGGAGCAUUGUACAGUUUUAAAAUUAUCGGUACAUGUUUUAAUAUUUUUAUCGCUCCAGUAGGACAGACGCGCAAGGCGUAAAUUUUUUAAAAUUUUCAACGCAU